AUGAUGACGUGCCGUCUGCUGUGCGCCCUGUUGGUGCUUGCCCUGUGCUGCUGUCCGUCCGUGUGCGCGACAGUUGCUAAUCAAGAUAAAGAUGCUGAAACGAAACAAGAUUCCGAUCUGGAGGAUAAUCAGAUGGAGGAACCAAAGCUGGUAACGGAUCAGCACAGUGCAUCUUCUUCUUCGCCACAGAAAAUAACGGUGGAAGGGACGGAGCACGCACGAAAUACAGCGAAGCAUACGUUAGAGACAACGGUUGCUGUAACCGGAACGGCAGGGUCACAAAAUAAUUCCAGUAAUACAAAGGAUCAAGAUCAUGGGCAAUCCACUAAGGAAGAGACUGAAAACACGAAAACCGUUACGGUAAACAAACAAAAUAAAAAAUAUGCACCGACCACGACUACAGAGGAACCCACAACUACAACGACAACCACUACAACACAGGCACCAAGUGGUAAGGCCACGACUACAGAGGCGCCAACCACGACGACCACCCGCGCACCGUCACGUCUUCGUGAAAUCGACGGCAGCUUCAGCGGCUCUGCGUGGGUGUGUGCCCCGCUGCUGCUCGCCGCAUCCGCGCUGGCGUACACCACUGUGGGCUGA